AUGCGCGAAGAUGCAUCCAUGACUUUGGCAAGCAUGAAACCAUCGUGCUGCCUGACAGCUACGCACCACAUUGAAGGACCCAGCGAACCAAGGUCUGAGUCUUUGGACCCCGAGGCAAAGCUGGUGGCAGUGUGUGGCCGUACGCGCAAUGAGACGGACUCCACCAUUGACACAGCGGAUGAGGACAGUACCACUGACGGAAACGAGGAAUGUGAGGAUCUGGAGCUUCUGAGCUGCCCAAGUCCCACGUCUGACACAGGGGAAGCUGUCACAAAGCUGCCGUUGCCAGAGGAGGAAAAGAAAUGCAGUGACCAAAGGAUGGCAGUGCUUGGCUUGCUGGUAUUCCUGUGCAUUGCCUGCGGCUGUUCCUGCCAAGCGCCCUAUGAAGUGUUGAACACGAAGGACAAAGGUUGCGCGCACUUGAUCAGCUUGGCUGAACACAUCUUUGGCCUCGUGGUCACGCUUCGUAGCGCUUUCAGAUCACGGCAGUUGCCGCUUCAGUGGCACAUCUGUCUUGCCGCAGGCUCAGUGGGCUAUACGCAGCUGCAGAACAUCGCCUUGGGCACACAGCUCCCGACGCUCGUGUUGAUCACCAUCAAGAAUGGCAAUUUGCUUGCCAAUGUCUUUCUUGGGAAGCUGUUGCUGCAUCGUCAAUAUGGCCUGCAGCAGCUCGUUGCUGUGGUGCUCCUCUCUCUUGGACUCAUUCUUGUGUCGUUGGCGGGAGCUGUUGGUGACAAUACGACCGAGAAUGGGCACAGCUGCGUACUAGGGAUCAUCUUGCUGGCUGGCGCUCUUCUUAGCCGUGCAGCUGGCGGACUUGUCCAGGAACAGCUCUCACGCACACGGACAGUGCCGGUUGAGGAGCUGCUCUUCUUUCGCAGCCUCUUGGGCUUGCCGGCAGUUCUGCUCCAAUACAAAAGCAUUUCAACACACAGCCGCCAGUGGUUCGCAGGCGAAAUCAUGUUUGGAUGGCCGGGACCAUGGGUGCUGCUGGCAUUGAAUACAGCCGCGCCCUUUGCGAAGUGGGAGGGACUCCCAGGGGUUCCCAGGGACUUUGAGGGACUGCAAGUCUUGAAAAGAUCCAGCCUUAGGAUCUUUUUAGUUCAGGUCAUGGACUAUGUGACGCGCGUUGGCAUCACACUUUUGAUCGAGCGAACAUCCGUUUCCUUCAUCAUAUCUGCAGUGCUUUUGAGCCCGGAGCUGCCGUCCAAGUCUUUGUGGCUGGGCGCUCUGGUGGUGCUUGCAGGGACAUUGCUCUAUGCAGUAGCACCUGCGGAUGUGAAAGGCUCUCCCAAGGUCUGGGCCAAGCAGCUGAGUUCAGAAGAUUCAGCAGGUCGCCAGGUUGUUCCGUUGGCCCAAACUUUGGUUUCCAAACCAUGUACUGGCUUGACGCGAACACAGAAUUUUUGCGAUCUGGCCAAACUGACAAGCUUUGAGCAUUUGGUUGAUGAUGCCGACCAGCUUCAAUACCUGCAUGGAACCAGAGAUGAGAAGCACGCGUGCCCCAGUUUCUUGCCGAGCCGCGGAGACGAACUCCGCAUUCUCACAGGCUCUGAAGGUUUUCCAGGCAGGAAACUGGUCACAGAGAAAUCUGGCGAAGCGAUUCAAAUCUCCACACCUCCAGCCAUCCAAGGGUCCCCUGGUCGCGACCCGAUGCGACCCGAUGCGGUUGCUUUGAG